CCGAGCAGCGCCCGCACCGCCACCGACCCUGAGCGACACCAGCUCCGCCCGCCCGCACCAGGAUGCCCGGGGGAAAGAGAGGGCUUGUGGCACCGCAGAACACUUUCCUGGAGAACAUCGUCCGGCGUUCGAGCGAAACCAGCUUCCUCCUGGGAAACGCUCAGAUCGUGGAGUGGCCUGUAGUUUACAGCAAUGACGGAUUCUGCAAGCUGUCGGGCUUCCACAGAGCUGAAGUCAUGCAGAAAAGCAGCACAUGCAGUUUUAUGUACGGAGAGCUCACAGACAAGAAGACCAUCGAUAAAGUCCGACAGACGUUCGACAACUACGAGUCCAACUGCUUCGAGAUCCUGCUGUACAGAAAGAACAGAAGUCCGGUGUGGUUCUACAUGCAGGUUGCUCCCAUCAGAAAUGAAAAUGACAAGGUGGUUUUGUUCCUGUGCACUUUUAAAGACAUCACGCUUUUCAAGCAGCCGAUUGAAGACGAAACCACGAAAGGAUGGACCAAGUUUGCGAGGCUGACGAGGGCUCUGACGAACAAUCGCAACACGCUGCAGCAGCUCGCACCCAUAAGCAAACAUGAAGUCAGCCAUAAACAGUCGAGACUCGCAGAGGUCCUGCAGCUCAACUCGGACAUCCUGCCGCAGUACAAGCAGGAGGCCCCCAAGACCCCCCCUCACAUCAUCCUGCACUACUGCACCUUCAAGACCACGUGGGACUGGGUGAUCCUCAUCCUCACCUUCUACACGGCCAUCAUGGUGCCCUACAACGUGUCCUUCAAGACCAAGCAGAACAACAUCGUGUGGCUGGUGCUGGACAGCGUGGUGGACGUCAUCUUCCUUGUGGACAUCGUCCUCAACUUCCACACCACCUUCGUAGGACCCGGAGGCGAGGUCAUUUCCGACCCCAAACUCAUCCGCAUGAACUACCUGAAGACCUGGUUCGUCAUCGACCUGCUGUCCUGUUUACCCUACGACAUCAUCAACGCCUUUGAGAACGUAGACGAGGGCAUCAGCAGUCUGUUCAGCUCUCUCAAAGUGGUCCGCCUGCUGCGUCUUGGCCGGGUAGCUCGGAAACUGGACCACUACCUGGAGUACGGUGCAGCCGUCCUGGUCCUGUUGGUCUGCGUGUUCGGACUGGUGGCCCACUGGCUCGCCUGCAUCUGGUACAGCAUCGGAGACUAUGAGGUCAUCGACGAGGCCACCAAUACCAUCAAGAAGGACAGCUGGUUGUAUCAGCUGGCCAUCAGUAUCGGGUCACCAUAUCGUUAUAAUGCCAGCGGCUCCGGCCAAUGGGAGGGGGGCCCCGGAAAAGACUCUCUGUACAUCACAUCUCUGUAUUUCACCAUGACGAGCCUCACCACCAUCGGCUUCGGAAACAUCGCCCCCACCACGGAUGGAGAGAAGAUCUUCUCUGUGGCCAUGAUGAUGGUUGGAUCUCUCCUUUACGCCACCAUCUUUGGAAACGUGACCACCAUCUUCCAGCAGAUGUACGCCAACACCAACCGCUACCACGAGAUGCUGAACAACGUCAGGGACUUCCUGAAGCUCUACCAGGUCCCCAAAGGCCUGAGCGAGAGGGUCAUGGACUACAUCGUGUCCACCUGGUCCAUGUCCAAAGGCAUCGACACAGAGAAGGUCUUAUCCAUCUGUCCUAAGGACAUGAGGGCCGAUAUCUGCGUCCACCUCAACAGGAAGGUGUUUAACGAACAUCCUGCGUUCCGAUUGGCCAGCGACGGCUGCCUUCGAUCCCUGGCCGUGGAGUUUCAGACCAUCCACUGCGCCCCCGGAGACCUGAUCUUCCACGCCGGGGAGAGCGUCGACACCCUCUGCUUCGUGGUGUCGGGGUCGCUGGAGGUCAUCCAGGAUGAUGAGGUCAUCGCCAUCCUAGGUAAAGGUGAUGUGUUCGGUGACGUCUUCUGGAAGGAAACCACCCUGGCUCACGCCUGCGCUAACGUCCGAGCGCUAACGUACUGCGACCUUCACGUCAUCAAAAGAGAAGCUCUGCUCAAGGUGUUGGAGUUUUACACCGCCUUUGCCAACUCCUUCUCCCGAAACCUCAUCCUCACCUGCAACCUCCGCAAACGGAUAAUUUUCCGCAAGAUCAGUGAGGUUAAGAAGGAGGAAGAGGAGAGGCAGCGAGCGAAGAACGAGGUGCAGCUCACCAUUCCCCAGGAUCACCCGGUCCGGAAGCUCUUCCAGAAGUUCAAGCAGCAGAAGGAGCUUCGGAACCAGGGAGCGGCGGCCGCUUCGCAGAUGGACCUGGAGAAGAACCAGCUGCAGGUGGAGCAGCACCACCAGCACCUGCACCCCCACAACCUGCAGCUGGGCCACUCCAGCCUGCAGCACUCGCUCCCGCUCAGCCUGCAGAGGCCCCACUCGUCCCUGCAGAACGGGGCCCCGCCCAGCAGCAGCGUGCUCACUGUGUCUCAGGUCACGCCCAUGCAGAGCUCGCUGGCCUACAGCCAUACGGGCGAACCCCCCACCAAGCAGAACAACUGCGACAUCAUGGAGCUGCAGCCCAGUUCUGCCGGAGCGGGGGCCGAGCAGACUGUCCGGCUCAAAGUCAGCUCCAGCCCGGCGCUCGCGAAAGCGCCCGUGAAGGCCAGCGGAUGGAUGCGCCUGAAAAACAACAUGGCCCCAGUGGAGGCCAGGAAGGAGGGGCUUAACAACGUCACCAAGGCCGUCUCCGUGGAGAUGCUCUCUCAGGAGGGUAAAGGUCAGGAGGCUGGGGGGGGCGGGGACGUAGAGGAAGGCGGAGUUUCUGCAAACAACCCGCUCCGUAAGACGGACUCGUGCGACAGCGGCAUCACUAAGAGUGAGCUGCGGAUCGACCGGGCGGGGGAGGCUCGCACUCCGGCGGCCGUCACCCCCCUCCUCCACAGCCCUCUCCCCGGAGGAGCGGGGUCCCCCCACCCCUUCUGCCCCAUCCCGGAGCAGGCCCUGCAGACGGCGCUGCACGAGACCCGGCUGGAGCUCCGGGGCGACAUCCAGACUCUGGGAGGCCGUCUGGGCGCCCUGGAGAGUCAGGUGGCCGAGAUUAUCAAACUGCUGUCGGACAAGAGGCGGCCGUCCACGGGGGCGCCGCCCACUUCCACUUCCACCACACCCAAAACCAAAAUCCAACGUCAGGACAUUUUCACCGUCUCCAGGCCUGUUUCUCCAGACUCGGAGAAGGACGAGGGGCUCUGAAGGGAGCUGAACCAGUGGUGUAGAACAUGGACCAGCGACCCGCUGUCCGCUCUGUCACACCCAGUUACACCACUGGUCUCCAUUCUCUUUAACAUUUGCACACUGACUUUAACUCCAGGUCAUGGGGGGUGGGGGACCUGGACCCCGUUUUUUUGAUUGUACAUACCUCUCUAUGCAUGUCCAGCUGGAUUCUGGCCUGCCAAAGAAACAACUGAACGUACUUAUUGCCUGUAUAUUAUGCAGUUGACUGCAUGCAAAACAAAUUUAAAGACGUUUUAUUGAGCUACACUGUACAUAUGAAUAUUUUUCAUUGAUAAUUUACUAUGUGGACAUUCAGGGUUUGCAUACUGGUAGCACUAUAAACAUUGGAGGGGUUUACUGGCAAUGGGACCGUGCAUGGAUUAUUUACAGAUAGGGUGUGUUUACAUGGCCUUGA